AAAGACUACGCGGGCGGGUGGCUGGGUUCACUGCAACUCCCGGCAGGCCGGUGGCAUUUUUCAUUCCCUCCCGUGACCAGUGACUUCCGUCACGAAGGGGCGGGGCUGGGCUCGUGGCUGAGCCAGCAGCUGCAGCAGCUACGGGAGUGGCCGGGUGGCCGGCGGGUGCCAGCCGCCAUGGAGGCCGUGCCCCGCAUGCCCAUGAUCUGGCUGGACCUGAAGGAGGCCGGUGACUUUCACUUCCAGCCAGCUGUGAAGAAGUUUGUCCUGAAGAAUUAUGGAGAGAACCCAGAAGCCUACAAUGAAGAACUGAAGAAGCUGGAGUUGCUCAGACAGAAUGCUGUCCGUGUCCCACGAGACUUUGAGGGCUGUAGUGUCCUCCGCAAGUACCUCGGCCAGCUUCAUUACCUGCAGAGUCGGGUCCCCAUGGGCUCGGGCCAGGAGGCCGCUGUCCCUGUCACCUGGACAGAGAUCUUCUCAGGCAAGUCUGUGGCCCAUGAGGACAUCAAGUACGAGCAGGCCUGUAUUCUCUACAACCUUGGAGCGCUGCACUCCAUGCUGGGGGCCAUGGACAAGCGGGUGUCUGAGGAGGGCAUGAAGGUCUCCUGUACCCAUUUCCAGUGCGCAGCCGGCGCCUUUGCCUACCUACGGGAGCACUUCCCUCAAGCCUACAGCGUCGACAUGAGCCGCCAGAUCCUUACGCUCAACGUCAACCUCAUGCUGGGCCAGGCUCAGGAGUGCCUCCUGGAGAAGUCAAUGUUGGACAACAGGAAGAGCUUUCUGGUGGCCCGCAUCAGUGCACAGGUGGUAGAUUACUACAAGGAGGCAUGCCGGGCCUUGGAGAACCCCGACACUGCCUCACUGCUGGGCCGGAUCCAGAAGGACUGGAAGAAGCUUGUGCAAAUGAAGAUCUACUACUUCGCAGCCGUGGCUCAUCUGCACAUGGGAAAGCAGGCCGAGGAGCAGCAGAAGUUCGGCGAGCGGGUUGCAUACUUCCAGAGCGCCCUGGACAAGCUCAAUGAAGCCAUCAAGUUGGCCAAGGGCCAGCCUGACACUGUGCAAGACGCGCUUCGCUUCACUAUGGAUGUCAUUGGGGGAAAGUACAAUUCUGCCAAGAAGGACAACGACUUCAUUUACCAUGAGGCUGUCCCAGCAUUGGACACCCUUCAGCCUGUAAAAGGAGCCCCCUUGGUGAAGCCCUUGCCAGUGAACCCCACAGACCCAGCUGUUACAGGCCCUGACAUCUUCGCCAAACUGGUACCCAUGGCUGCCCACGAGGCCUCGUCACUGUACAGUGAGGAGAAGGCCAAGCUGCUCCGGGAGAUGAUGGCCAAGAUUGAGGACAAGAAUGAGGUCCUGGACCAGUUCAUGGAUUCAAUGCAGUUGGAUCCCGAGACGGUGGACAACCUUGAUGUCUACAGCCACAUCCCACCCCAGCUCAUGGAGAAGUGCGCGGCCCUCAGCGUCCGGCCCGACACUGUCAGGAACCUUGUCCAGUCCAUGCAAGUGCUAUCAGGUGUGUUCACGGAUGUGGAGGCUUCCCUGAAGGACAUCAAAGAUCUGUUGGAGGAGGAUGAGCUGCUAGAGCAGAAGUUUCAGGAGGCGGUGGGCCAGGCAGGGGCCAUCUCCGUCCCCUCCAAGGCUGAGCUGGCAGAGGUGAGGCGAGAAUGGGCCAAGUACAUGGAAGUGCACGAGAAGGCCUCCUUCACCAACAGUGAGCUGCACCGUGCCAUGAACCUGCACGUCGGCAACCUGCGCCUGCUCAGCGGGCCGCUUGACCAGGUCCGGGCUGCCCUGCCCACACCGGCCCUCUCCCCAGAGGACAAGGCCGUGCUGCAAAACCUAAAGCGCAUCCUGGCCAAGGUGCAGGAGAUGCGGGACCAGCGCGUGUCCCUGGAGCAGCAGCUGCGUGAGCUUAUCCAGAAGGAUGACAUCACUGCCUCGCUGGUCACCACAGACCACUCAGAGAUGAAGAAGUUGUUCGAGGAGCAGCUGAAAAAGUAUGACCAGCUGAAGGUGUACCUGGAGCAGAACCUGGCCGCCCAGGACCGUGUCCUCCGUGCACUGACAGAGGCCAACGUGCAGUACGCGGCCGUGCGGCGGGUACUCAGCGACUUGGACCAAAAGUGGAACUCCACGCUGCAGACCCUGGUGGCCUCGUAUGAAGCCUAUGAGGACCUGAUGAAGAAGUCGCAGGAGGGCAGGGACUUCUACGCAGAUCUGGAGAGCAAGGUGGCUGCUCUGCUGGAGCGCACACAGUCCACCUGCCAGGCCCGCGAGGCUGCCCGCCAGCAGCUCCUGGACAGGGAGCUGAAGAAGAAGCCGCCGCCACGGCCCACAGCCCCAAAGCCGCUGCUGCCCCGCAGGGAGGAGAGUGAGGCAGUGGAAGCAGGAGACCCCCCUGAGGAGCUGCGCAGCCUCCCCCCUGACAUGGUGGCUGGCCCACGACUGCCUGACACCUUCCUGGGAACUGCCACCCCGCUCCACUUUCCUCCCAGCCCCUUCCCCAGCUCCACAGGCCCAGGACCCCACUAUCUCUCAGGCCCCUUGCCCCCUGGUACCUACUCGGGCCCCACCCAGCUGAUACAGCCCAGGGCCCCAGGGCCCCCUGCAAUGCCCGUAGCACCUGGGCCUGCCGUCUACCCAGCCCCUGCCUACACACCGGAGCUGGGCCUUGUGCCCCGAUCCUCCCCACAGCAUGGCGUGGUGAGCAGUCCCUAUGUGGGGGUAGGGCCGGCCCCACCAGUUGCAGGUCUCCCCUCGGCCCCACCUCCUCAAUUCUCAGGCCCCGAGUUGGCCAUGGCGGUUCGGCCAGCCACCACCACAGUAGAUAGCAUCCAGGCGCCCAUCCCCAGCCACACAGCCCCACGGCCAAACCCCACCCCUGCUCCUCCCCCACCCUGCUUCCCUGUGCCCCCACCGCAGCCACUGCCCACGCCUUACACCUACCCCGCAGGGGCCAAGCAACCCAUCCCAGCACAGCACCACUUCUCUUCUGGGAUCCCCGCAGGUUUUCCAGCCCCAAGGAUUGGGCCCCAGCCCCAGCCCCAUCCUUCACAAGCGUUUGGGCCUCAGCCCCCACAGCAGCCCCUUCCACUCCAGCAUCCACAUCUCUUCCCACCCCAGGCCCCAGGACUCCUACCCCCACAAUCCCCCUACCCCUAUGCCCCUCAGCCUGGGGUCCUGGGGCAGCCGCCACCCCCCCUACACACCCAGCUCUACCCAGGUCCCGCUCAAGACCCUCUGCCAGCCCACUCAGGGGCUCUGCCUUUCCCCAGCCCUGGGCCCCCUCAGCCUCCCCAUCCCCCACUGGCAUAUGGUCCUGCCCCUUCUACCAGACCCAUGGGCCCCCAGGCAGCCCCUCUUACCAUUCGAGGGCCCUCGUCUGCUGGCCAGUCCACCCCUAGUCCCCACCUGGUGCCUUCACCUGCCCCAUCUCCAGGGCCUGGUCCGGUACCCCCUCGCCCCCCAGCAGCAGAACCACCCCCUUGCCUGCGCCGAGGCGCCGCAGCUGCAGACCUGCUCUCCUCCAGCCCGGAGAGCCAGCAUGGCGGCACUCAGCCUCCUGGGGGUGGGCAGCCCCUGCUGCAGCCCACCAAGGUGGACGCAGCUGAGGGCCGUCGGCCGCAGGCCCUGCGGCUGAUUGAGCGGGACCCCUAUGAGCAUCCUGAGAGGCUGCGGCAGUUGCAGCAGGAGCUGGAGGCCUUUCGGGGCCAGCUGGGGGAUGUGGGAGCUCUGGACACUGUCUGGCGAGAGCUGCAAGAUGCGCAGGAACAUGAUGCCCGAGGCCGUUCCAUCGCCAUUGCCCGCUGCUACUCACUGAAGAACCGGCACCAGGAUGUCAUGCCCUAUGACAGUAACCGUGUGGUGCUGCGCUCAGGCAAGGAUGACUACAUCAAUGCCAGCUGCGUGGAGGGGCUCUCCCCAUACUGCCCCCCGCUAGUGGCAACCCAGGCCCCACUGCCUGGCACAGCUGCUGACUUCUGGCUCAUGGUCCAUGAGCAGAAAGUGUCAGUCAUUGUCAUGCUGGUUUCUGAGGCUGAGAUGGAGAAGCAAAAAGUGGCACGCUACUUCCCCACCGAGAGGGGCCAGCCCAUGGUGCACGGUGCCCUGAGCCUGGCAUUGAGCAGCGUCCGCAGCACCGAAACCCAUGUGGAGCGCGUGCUGAGCCUGCAGUUCCGAGACCAGAGCCUCAAGCGCUCUCUUGUGCACCUGCACUUCCCCACUUGGCCUGAGUUAGGCCUGCCCGACAGCCCCAGCAACUUGCUGCGCUUCAUCCAGGAGGUGCAUGCACAUUACCUGCAUCAGCGGCCGCUGCACACGCCCAUCAUUGUUCACUGCAGCUCUGGUGUGGGCCGCACGGGAGCCUUUGCACUGCUCUAUGCAGCUGUGCAGGAGGUGGAGGCUGGGAACGGAAUCCCUGAGCUGCCUCAGCUGGUGCGGCGCAUGCGGCAGCAGAGGAAACACAUGCUGCAGGAGAAGCUGCACCUCAGGUUCUGCUAUGAGGCAGUGGUGAGACACGUGGAGCAGGUCCUGCAGCGCCAUGGUGUGCCUCCUCCAUGCAAACCCUUGGCCAGUGCAAGCAUCAGCCAGAAGGUGAGGAAGGUUCCGUGGAAGCUGCUGGGAGAGCCACAGCCUUGGGACUCCCUCUCCUCACUCACUCUGUCUUCUCAGAACCACCUUCCUCAGGACUCCCAGGACCUGGUCCUCGGUGGGGAUGUGCCCAUCAGCUCCAUCCAGGCCACCAUUGCCAAGCUCAGCAUUCGGCCUCCUGGGGGGUUGGAGUCCCCGGUUGCCAGCUUGCCAGGCCCUGCAGAGCCCCCAGGCCUCCCUCCAGCCAGCCUCCCAGAGUCUACCCCAAUCCCAUCUUCCUCCCCGCCCCCCCUUUCCUCCCCGCUACCUGAGGCUCCCCAGCCUAAGGAGGAGCCGCCAGUGCCUGAAGCCCCCAGCUCGGGGCCCCCCUCCUCCUCCCUGGAAUUGCUGGCCUCCUUGACCCCAGAGGCCUUCUCCCUGGACAGCUCCCUGCGGGGCAAACAGCGGAUGAGCAAGCAUAACUUUCUGCAGGCCCAUAACGGGCAAGGGCUGCGGGCCACCCGGCCCUCUGACGACCCCCUCAGCCUUCUGGAUCCACUCUGGACACUCAACAAGACCUGAACAGGUUUCGCCUACCUGGUCCUUACACUACAUAAUCAUCUCAUGCACACCUGCCCACACCCAGCAGAGCUGCUCAGUGGGCACAGUCUCUUACUCCCAUUUCUGCUGCCUUUGGCCCUGCCUGGCCCAGCCUGCACCCCUGUGGGGUGGAGAUGUACUGCAGGCUCUGGGUCAGGUUCUGCUCCUUUAUGGGACCCGACAUUUUUCAGCUCUUUGCUAUUGAAAUAAUAAACCACCCUGUUCUGUG